GUCCUGCCUGUAUAUAUAUUACACCUGUGGCUCUCUGAGUUUAACAGUCCUGGACUCAACCAUGACUAUGAACACUUUCAGCUUCCUGUGUGCCUUCGGCCUCUUUGCUGUUCUGCAGGUUCCUGGCACCUUGGCAGAGGAUGUGGAGCUCUUGGCAAAGGGCACCAUCCUGGCCUCUUCCUCAGACCAAAGUGAGAUUGUGAACAAGCAUAACGCCCUGAGAAGAGAUGUUCAGCCUACUGCUAGCAACAUGUUGAAAAUGAGCUGGAAUAACGAGGCUGCAGCCAGCGCUCAGAGAUGGGCCAACACCUGCUCCAUGAAACACAGCCCUGACAACUCCAGAAAGAUCAGCACUGGCAACUGUGGCGAGAACCUGUACAAGUCCAGCUACAAGAACACAUGGAGCAACGUCAUCCAGUCCUGGUACGAUGAGGUGAAGGACUGGCGCUACGGAGUGGGAGCCAUCAACGGAGGAGUGAUCGGACACUACACACAGGUUGUUUGGUACAGGUCCAACCAGAUUGGCUGUGCUAUGGCCUACUGUCCCAACUCAGAGUACGAGUACUUCUACAUCUGCCACUACUGCCCACCUGGAAACUACCAGUACGCUCGCCCCUACAAGGCAGGACCCUCCUGCGCCGACUGCCCCAACGCCUGCGACAACAAACUGUGCACCAACCCCUGUCCCUAUGCUGAUCAGUACACUAACUGUGCUGACCUGAAGCAGCAGUGGAGCUGCAGCAACAAGGACGUGGCCACCUGGUGUCCUGCCUCCUGCAAGUGCACCACUCAGAUUAUUUAAAUGCCACAUGUCCACAUGGGCUCUGACUCAUCAGUCAGUUUCAAUAAAGAUACUCGUCUUUAAA